AUAUAACAAAGAAAAUAACGACGCAUUUUCUAUCAUUCCUAAGAGAAGUCUACAAAUAAAGAACAAACUUAAAAUUUCUGUUACAGUCUAUCAAGUCUUUCUAGUUUUACUUCUUAUUAUGGAUUCAAGUUCACUGCAAAGUUAUCAAGACAUGAAAAGUAAUCCCUAUGAAGUAUGUAAAUUAAUAUCCAGAUACGUAAAGAUAGAUUUAAUAAAAAACUCAGUGCUCAAAGGGUUUUUAUCUUCAGUGGAUCCCGUUACUUACAGCAUUAUAUUGUUGGUUCCACAAGAAAACCAAAAAGAAUAUCAAAAAGUUCUCAUACCUGGUCAUGCUGUUCUUGAUUUAACAGUGGAAGAUUCUGAAGAAUUUACAGAAGUACCAGUAACAUUUUCAUUAACUUCUACUUCUACAGAUCACAAAAAAAGAAAAGAAAAAGUAAUGGAAUGGUUUAGAUUAAAUUUAUUGACCGUAACUGAAUGUGAUGAUAAUAUAUUGUUUGGAAAUGUUACAAUUUUACCUCCAUACGACGUGGAAGAUAUAUGUACAGAUAACCCCAUUAUAGCCAUGCAAGUUAAAAAGGUUAUGGAGAAAAUGCCAGAAGAUUUUAAUUCACAGUUAAAAAAUACUGAAAACAGUUGAUACAAUAAAUUAUGAUUUGAU